UCUCACCCGCUCGCUCGCUCUCUCGCUCGGUUGCUCAUCCUCACGGCGGCGCACCCCCUCCUUCGGGCCGCCGCACCCCACCACCAGGUCCAGUCUGGGGGGCGAGGCUCCCUCUCUCCCAGAGCCCGACCCUGCAGCUCCAGCAUCUUGAAUGAGAAUAGUGGAUCCUAACAAAGCACAGCUAUGCAGACCAUAAAGUGUGUUGUCGUGGGCGAUGGUGCUGUGGGUAAAACCUGUCUGUUAAUCUCCUACACAACCAACAAGUUCCCCUCUGAAUACGUACCAACGGUCUUCGAUAACUAUGCAGUAACGGUUAUGAUUGGAGGGGAGCCGUACACCCUGGGAUUAUUUGAUACUGCAGGUCAGGAAGAUUACGACAGGUUACGACCCCUGAGCUACCCUCAGACAGAUGUCUUCUUAGUCUGUUUCUCUGUCGUCUCCCCCUCUUCAUUUGAAAACGUUAAAGAAAAGUGGGUACCUGAAAUUACUCACCACUGUCCAAAGACCCCUUUCCUGCUGGUUGGGACACAGAUCGACUUGAGAGACGACCCUUCGACGAUCGAGAAGCUCGCCAAGAACAAGCAGAAGCCCAUCACCCCGGAGACGGCCGAGAAGCUGGCCCGUGACCUGAAGGCGGUGAAGUACGUGGAGUGCUCUGCCCUGACACAGAAAGGGCUGAAGAACGUGUUUGACGAGGCCAUUCUGGCAGCCCUCGAGCCCCCGGAACCUAAGAAGAAGCGCAAAUGUGUCCUGCUAUGAGCACGCCCCCUACACCCACCCCCCCUCCCAAAUAACCCUCACCCCAACUCCACCACCCUUGCUCUGCUAAGGCUGAUCAUCAGCUUUGUACCCUAAAGCAAUGUGUGUUAAACAUAGUUUGAUUUUACUCCAGGGAUCGACUCUGCGUACAUCACAGCCAAUGGGAAAAAACUAGUCUCUUUGACGAUCAUCCCAUCAAUGCAAUGUUGUAGGCCUUUUUUCAUUCAAGCUGGAUAAGAAUCCAAACUCAUGGGUGUUUAUUUUUUAUUUGAUUUUUUUAUUGUUUUUUUUUUUUUGUUUUUUUAAAGGGGGAGGGGGCUGCAGUGACCCUGUAUCUUAGUGAUGUGAUUGGCUAUGGGGAAUUGCUUGUGAUUGUGUGCCACAGCCAGAACACCCACCAACUGAUCAACAGAUGCUGAUGUAAGGUAGUUUAUUAAAAGGAGUGGGGUCAGGUGGGAGGUGUCCAGUCCAUGUAAAAUGGUCGUCCCAGAAAGAGACUGUGCCCAUCAUGACUAAUGGAGUUUCUGCAAUGCCCCCGUCUCUCCUCGAUUGGCUGGACUCCCAGGCCAUGCCCCCAGUAACAGGCUUUUGAGUGACAGAGCUCUCAGUUGGAGAAAUGAGCUUGUUUCUAAUGGUCGGUAUGUCUGUCAUCUCUUCCCAAAACCAAAUGAUCUAAUGAACUGAAUGCAGCUUGUGCCUUCUAGUCUGCAGACAAGCACAUCUCAUUCCAAAACCUCUCCAUCCUGCUAAACCUAGAAUACGUAUAAGAAUCCCCACCUCCACCCCACCCCAAACCACAACCCUAGUGCUCGGUUGUGGACAUUUGAGACAUUAACCAGAUUAAUGUAAGGGUUUGUCUGUGAGGAGCAUUUUAACUGCAGAAGUGGGACUGAGGAGUUGACUAAGGAAGAGCAGGGAACUUCAACAGUGUUAGCAGAACAAGUGGGGGAGUGUUCGGAUGCCAGGGACCAAGGGGGCGUUUAAACCAGCGUGUUAUCAUGUAUGUAGGAAAGCCUCUGUAUUUAGGUUAACAAAAUUAAUAAUAAUGUAAGCUGGUAAAAAUCAAUGUUUUUAGAUUCCAGUGUUAUGCAUUUUUACCAAAAUCGACUUUUGUUCUUUUUCCUUUUUUUGAGCCGUUUUUAUAAAGGAUACUUUCACACCUUUCACCAAUUACAGGCUGGAUUACAUCCAAACUUUGAACCACCCGUGACGGAUAAGAAAUAGAAGAUUGAUGAAUUGUUGUUGUUUUUUCCCUCCCAACGUGAAUUUUGAAAUGCCUAUUAGCUGUUCCUAUUUUUUCCCUUGUUUUAAUUGGCAAAUAACGUUUGGAGCAAAGUUUUCAUUUUAUUCUUUGUCUGUUGUUUGUACACGCAUUCUUUAAAAAAAAUAUUAAACUUAUACCUUAUUGGCCUUUAUUACUUUUAACACCCUUUUCUUUUCCAAGUGAGCUUAACGGUCACAAGUGCUGCCUUUUCAUAAGUAAACUAACUGUCCACGCCUAUUCAAAAUCUGUUUUUGAAAUGCGGAGGAUGAGAUCAGUACUUAUUUCACUGUUGUCAGUUUGGUUAACAGUGCGAAUAUAUGAUUGGAAUUGGGUGGCUUUACUAAUCUUUUUAGGAGUAACCCCACUGGCUAAUCCUCUAUGGGAUGUGCUUGAGAAGUGUCCAGAAACUUCUGGAAAAGUGACAGAUGAACAGCAUCAAGACAUUACUAAUCUGCGAGGAGGUUGGCUGUCUGUUUGCUCAGAUUGUUUCUAUCCAAGAAAGCUGCAUAAAAUUCAUGAAUUAAGCAGAA